AACCUGAACCCCGCGACCGAAGAAGCGCGGAAGAAGCUGAUCAAGACUCCAAAGAUCCAGCGCAACAUGGUGUGGGCGAUCACACAACUUCGAGAAGCUGGAUUCUGCGACAUCUACCUGGAGCAGACAGUGAGAUGCAGAUCAUGGGCGGGUAACUUCAAGAACCUCAAGCAGGAGCUGCACGGAUGUACUAUCCACGGGUGCAUGUACGAUAUGCGCGAUGAGAAGGAAGACGUGCUGCUGAGGAAGGAGUGGUGCAUAGCGACGACCGAUGAGACGUUCGAGAAGGAGAUUGGACGUCGAUGUCAAGAUCUACACGUUCAUCUACCAAUCGAAGGAGGGACUCGUGUGGCGGCAACUGCGAAUUAUCCCGUGAACAUGUGCAAGAAGAUAGCGAAGCACUUCAUGAAGAAGAUAACGUCAGACGAAGCCCUCUCGUACCUGGUCAAGGAGAUCAAUGUGAAGAACGAUGGGGGGAAGGAGAACCUGGACCUCAGGAACCAGCAGCAGGUGACGGACUACACGACGAUCAACGCUGGCUGGGCAACCUACGAGCUCAAUGACAUGGAGGCCAUCAUCGCGCACCUGCACCGCAACUUCGGGCACUGCAGCUUGACGACAGUGGAGGCCGCUCUCAAGACUCGGAAGGCCGACGAGAAGCUGGUCGAUCUGUGCAAGCACUACGAAUGUCCAUCGUGCAAGGCCGCUCAACGAUUUCAACUUCGUCCAAUUGCGAGCUCAGAGCCCUCAGUUCCGACGCCCGGGAAGGAGCUAGGAUGCGACAACUUCUAUUGGACGCAUCCCCAGAGGGCAUAUCACAUAAGAGGCACCCUGUGUGCAGACUACGGAAGUCGCUUCACUAUUUGCCACGUACUCAACAAGGAGGAGAUGGACAAUAACUGCGGCAACACCACAGCUAAGGAGAUGAAGGAGACGGUCCUGAAGAGCUGGAUCCAGCACUACGGCAAACCUGAAGUUCUUAGAUCAGAUUCUGAAGGUUGUUUUCGACAAGGUGAACGUCGUGCGUGGCUAUCAGGCCAUGGAAUUGAAUGGCGACCAGAACCUGGAGAAGCUCAUUGGCGCAUGGGCGUGGUAGAGAGGUGCAUAGAGACGAUCAAGGAGAUUGCGACUCGGAUGGCCUGGGAAGUCCCGGACGACGUCGAGCCGCAGGAGAUCUUCACGUGGGCGUGCGCCGCGAACAAUGACCUGAUGAGGCGCAACGGCUACAGUCCACUGAUGCUCCUCAUGGGUCGCACUCCUGCUGGACAUGGUCUACACGACGAGGAGAAUCCCUCCACUCUCAGCGCCGAGGUGAAGGGGGAUCAGUUUCAGAAGCUCGUGCUGAACAAGCGGACCGCGUACAAGGCCUGUGUAGACCACUACCUGUCCGAGAAGACGAAGAGAGCGCUGCUGGCCAAGACGCGACCGUUCAAGGUCUGGGAGCCUGGCGAAAAGGCACACUACUGGAGGAGCGCCAAGGGUAACAGCCACAAGACGAAGCAGGGCAUGUCUGGGCGCUUCCAUGGUCCAGCUACGGUGUUGACGCAAGAGCGCGAGGUCAAGAACGGAGUCGCAGAACGUCGCGGAGUUGUCUCUGGCUUGUGGAUGGUGAUCGACUGGUGCGAGCAGCAGCAGCGCACCUACAUGAAUGGCAUGACAUUCCUGAAGGCGAAGAUGGACCGGGAGGAGAUCAACACCGAGAACCACCUCGUGACCACGGAGAUCACCUCUUCCCUGAGGCAGCCGACGAACAUGGACCUGAUCACGGAGAAGAGGAUCUACCAGGAGAAUCAGCAGAAGUUCCAGAAGAGCCAGAUCGAGUACCUGACAGACCUGCUGACAGGCAUCAACAAGCGGGAAGCGAGUGUUGAACCUCCUGAUGAUCGAGACCUGAAGCGACAUCGCGCCGACUUCGUGGCCUACAUGGAAAUGCUGAAGGCGAAGGUGCCUGACGUCUACAUGGCCGAUCUGGGACGCGCAGAUCCUGAAGAAGAAGUCUCUCCGGAGUGGAGGUCGCCCUGGGAGUACUCACGGAAGGCGAAGCAGGAAGACCUCGUCGGCUACUCCACCGAGGACAACGCAGGGCUCGCAGUACUAGUGGGCUUCACGAUAGACGAGAAGGACCUGGGCCAGCUGGAGAAGAAUCCAGAGAGAAUGCUGGCAGCGUUGGUGAAGCUGAACAAGGUUGAGGUCAAGCUGAAGGGUCUUGCACCGGAGGAGAAGAAGCAGCUGCCGUCCGCCAAGGAGAACGAGAUCAAGUCUUUCUUGAAGUAUCGCGUAUGUGAAGCGGCCAGUCGUGCUGGAGUACAUCCCGGAGCGUUAAUGAAGAUGCGUUGGGUCAUUGCCAAGAAGGGGGCGGGCGACCUCAAGGCGCGUCUGGUGGUUCUUGGAUAUACGGAUCCGAGCCUGGGCCGUCUCAUCGGCAUUGCGGUAGCACACGUGGACAACUUCAUGAUUGCGAUCAACAGUGCUUCUCAUGCCGCGGUAGACGCACUUCAAGAAGUACAUGGCGCUUACGAGUGGGGCAGCUGGGAGACGCAAGAUUUCGUUCAGUGUGGGGCUCGCAUUCGACAAGAAUAUGAUGGUCGUACCAAGAGCUGGGGUCGCAUCCAUCUGAACAUGGUCGACUACGCGCAGGAAUUGAAGGAGAUCGACAUACCCGCUCAACGUCGGACAGAUCCAGAAGCUGGAGUGACACCUGGAGAGGCUUCCCAUCUACGAGCAGUUUUUGGACAACCUAUGUGGCUAUCCACUCAAGGUGUUCCACUCAGCAGCGCGGAGCUGUCGCUGUUACUAGCCUACACGAACACGGCGACGAUCAACACCCUGAUGCAGGCGAACAAGCUGGUCAGGAGAGCGCGAGUGGAAGCGGUCAAGGAGCUGAUCAUGGAGAAGCACAUCAAUCCGUGUCUGGUGGGCUACUCGGACGCGGCGUGGAACGUGCGCCGAGAUGGGUCAUCGCAAGGCGGCUUCUUGAUCUUUAUGGCGGACCAGGCGCUGCUGCAGAAUAAGAUCCUCAUUGGUCCAGUUCCUCUGAAGCACUGGGCGCAAGGAUGUGCUCGAAUUCCGGGAGCGCUGGUACUAGACUGCCGUGGAGUGUUUGACGCGCUGGAUAGGUCCGAGAGCAGCGCGCUGGGCAUGAAGGACAAGAGGAGCGCUCUGGAGGCCUUGGCACUGAAGAGAGGUAUGGCGGCUACGGCGACAUCACUUCGUUGGUGUCACAGUGGCGCCCAGCUCAGUGACUGCAUGACGAAGAACGCGGAGAAGGCCUGGGCGAGCUACAACGUCUGGCAGCAACGAGGUACCUGGAAGCUGGUCUACCAUUCCAACUUCAUCUCGGAGAAGCACCGGAAACAGAAGGGUUUGGACACGCUCGAGACGGGCUUCGCAGUGGAUGCAGAUGAUGCGUGGAAGCUCUUCCCUGACUACAUGGAGAUCGAGGACACUGACCUGGACAUCGUGAAUGACUAUCGUCACCCUGGACUGCGACAUCAGAUGAUGCAAGAUGCGACGCCUCAGUGA